GCCGGGCCGGCCAUAACCUUCUUGCACGGUCCAUGCACGAAAUCCCCCUUCUGAUCUGACAGCUACUAGGUUAGUUUCUUUAACACACUCCUCGCGCGAUUGUGUGACGAACUGUAAACAAAAUGAAACCAGGUAAGCGUGCGGCUAGGUUCUGUGUGCCGACACCCGCCAUGGAUCAACGUGUGCAUGCUCGUGUCAGUGGUCGUCUUCGUGAUGCUAGUGAUCAUGAUGGGGAUGGUCGUACUGUUGAUGGCAUGGACUGGUCGACUCUGCCGAAAGAUGUGCUUGUGUGCAUCUUCAGCUAUCUUCCGAUGGUAGAUCGGUUUCGCGUGGGUGGAGUGUGCUCCAACUGGCGGCUAGCCUCUCGCCAUCACCUCUGUUGGACCGAAGGGAUCGUCCUGUUCCCACCCUUGCCGUGGAGGAAUCGCUCGCCCGCAGCGGCCAAGGAUGUCAUUCGCCGAAGCAAAGGUAGGGUGAUCGAACUCUCGGUGAACUCCGGCGAUCACUGGCUGAUGGAGCACAUAGGAAGGAAGUGCCCUCGGAUCGAACACCUCACCUUCCAGCUGGCCUCAGGAGGGGGUGCAUGCUGGAAUCGUGCGGCCAAGGCCGUGGCGGAGGGCUGUCCGGCGCUUCGAUCUCUGGCUUUGUCUAUCUUCUCGCAGGUCUCCGACUCGGAGGGAGUCUUCGUUCGUCAGCUGGUCUCCGGCCUGCGCAACUUGGUAGCAUUGUCCAUUUACACCGGCCCUUACGAGCCCGUCACAGAUGAUGACGUCAACGUUAUUGUGGCCAGUCUGCCUGGAUUGCAAUCCCUGUAUCUAUUUGGAACCCUGAUCACUGAUGCCAGUCUCCAUAAGAUCGGCGAGAAAUUGCGCUGCUUGCGAUUUCUAAGUGUGUAUUACUGUAACCUUGUGACGAGGGUGGGCGUGGACUCAUUGAGGACGGCAAGACAAGAUCUUCAAGUAUGGUCAAGUUAUGAUUAGAUGGCUUCGCAGAAAGAUUGAAAAAGCUAUGCAUUGGUUGUGAUCGGAGAAAAAAAAAGAAAAAAAAAGGAUGUGGUCGGAGAAGCAAGUUCUCCCUGUAAGUGUGAGUUUGGGAAAGCUAUACGUGCAUGGUGAUUAAGUAUGGUAAUGAUCAGAGCACGAUUCAGCCGGUAGCUCACAUCCUCCUCAGUAUUGAGAACUGGCAUGAGGUGUGCAUCGAAGAAUUCUGCUAUUCUUUUUAUCACACCAAAGUAAACGUACAUUAGGACU